GUUUAAGUAAAACUGUGAACUUUUUCAGUUCACAUCACUUUUUAUAUCUGCCACAAUAUUUAGUUCAGUGACCUUUUCAGAAGAAAACUUACCCGCAAUAGUUGAAUUCCACCUUUGUCAUCCUCGCGUGCUAUGUUUCUUACUAGGACAGAGUAUGAUCGUGGAGUUAAUACGUUUUCCCCCGAGGGACGACUCUUCCAAGUAGAAUACGCCAUAGAAGCUACAAAGCUGGGUUCAACGGGAAUCGGGAUCAAGACAAGUGAGGGUGUUGUUAUGGCUGUAGAAAAACGGGUAAACUCAACUUUAAUCAUACCAUCCAGCAUUGAAAAGAUUUUUGAGGUGGAUAAGCACAUAGCAUGUGCUGUUAGUGGUCUUGUUGCUGAUGCAAGAACCCUCAUAGAACGUGCACGUACAGAAGCAGCUCAUCAUUGGUUUGUGUACAAUGAAAAAAUGACUAUUGAGGAUGUGACUAAAGCUGUGAGUAACUUGGCUCUAGCAUUUGGUGAUGAUGACAUGGAGUCUGGUGCAAUGAGUCGUCCAUUUGGCGUUGCUUUAUUAUUUGCUGGAGUUGAUGAACGUGGUCCACAAUUAUAUCAUAUGGAUCCUAGUGGUACAUAUAUUCGUUAUGAAGCUAAAGCAAUUGGUUCUGGUAGUGAAGGUGCACAACAAGCAUUACAAGAAAUAUAUCAUAAAAAUAUGACAUUACAUGAAGGUUGUAAACAUGCUUUAUCAAUUUUAAAACAAGUUAUGGAAGAAAAACUUGAUUCAACUAAUGUAGAAGUAAGUUUAUAAAACUUUUUUUUAAAAUAUGUUUCGGUAUACAACUUGGUGUAACUAACUGGUCCGACUCUUAUAUAAUUCCAUUUUGAGUGACACUUAAUGUUUGAACUGAAGUAUUUGAUAGGUGAACAACCAAUACUUAAGUCUAGUGAAGAAGAUUUGUAGCUCAGGUGGGUGAUUUUAAUGUAGGUUUCUUCUCUGAGCUGGAUGGGUUUGAUCGUGGAGCUUUCAUCAUCCUUCUGAACGACAUCAUCAUCAGUACAAACUUUUUGAUAGAAGUAAAGUGUUUGAAUUUCUUCACAUCUGUGAUGAUGUUGUUCAGUAGGACAAUGAAAACUCCACUACCAAAUUAUCCAGCACAGAGAACAAACCUACAUCAAAACUCUAGUCUAGUUAAAUCAUAUUAGUUUUCAUUCAAUACAGUCAGUUAAUGUAUCAUUAUUAUAAGAAGGGCUAAUAAUAUAUUAUUUCAUUAUGUUACAUAUAGUUUUUGUACAUACUUGAUUGCUUUCAUCUAUAAUCAUCAUAGAACUCAGUAAUUUAGAUUAGAUGAAUGAUAACUUAUUAAUCAAGUUCAUAUACUCAAUUUUAACUUACUGUCAGUUGUUUUAAGAGAUGUUAGUGGAAUGGCACAGUCAAUUAAUUAGUUAGUUACAAGCAACAUAGAACAUGAUAUAUAUAUAUAUAUAUAUAUGCGCCACACAAAUCUCAUUUGAUUUGUGCGAGGGCUGUGAUACUGCUUGGGUGCUCAUACCGAAGCAGGUGGUUAUCUUAGGGGACCACAUCCGGA